AAUGCUUAUCAACAUCGGAAAGUCCCUAAAAAAUUUUGCUCAGGUCUAUCAAUGUCUACUGCUAAUGAAUACUGCUCUGGGAUAAUUACAUGUUCAAACUACUUUGCCACUAUCUGCCAAACUCUAUCAAGCUCUGCUAUAGACCGCUGCUCCUCUACGCUGAACCACUCCGAGAUGCUCCUAUUGUUAUGGUUCUGCCUCUACAGCUGAUGAAUGGCCCGUAAACCCUCCCUUGCUGCUGAGCUCGAUGGUCGCGAUGCUCCAAAGGUUCAAUAUUCCGAUGUCUCCACGGUCAUCAUCCCUUUCGAAACGCUUCGUCCUAGGUACUUAGAAGUGCACUCUUUGUACUUUGAAGCACCUCUUUCGUUGAAUUUACCGUGGUAUGGCUCUGAGAUUAGUUUUUGAUUUUUGAGAUUUGAGUCCUGAGUGCUUUUUACUCAUGGAGGGUUUACACCUUGUAGUCUUCUGGCAUGCAGUCUAUGACUCUGGUCAUCUUGGGUUUGAAAGCUAACGAUAAUGUGGCCUUCUGGACUUAUGGAAAGAAAAA